AUUAACAGGGCAGAAUCCAAAUGACAAUGUAUUUACUGCAAUAUUUGAUAGUAUAUAUUUCUGCCUCUGAUCUGUAAAACUAAUUAUAUACAUUGAGUAGAAGCAUACGGAAUAUGCUGCUGUAUUAAUUGUUGUGCGUUUAAUUAAGUUGAAUACAUAAUUCCUUUCACUACUUAUGGAAAGAUCUCAGACUGGCGUAAGAUAUUCUAGUAAGAACUGCAAUAUACUUCAAUUACUAGGCGAUGAGAUUAUCACCUGCUUAUAGGUUCAGUGACUGCUACAGUAUAUCACAGCUGUGCUUGGCGCACUGAUGGGGGAUAAUAUAAUGUAUCAUCAGGUUAUAUGGUUUGAUUUGUGACAGCGGUGUAGCAAACGUUCUACUGAACUGAGGCUGAAUCAGGCAUAUAGGACAGUUACAUUAUACAUUCUGUUAGGAUUAUUCCUCUAAUUGCGACAGGCCGCACCAGGCACAGGUACUAGAACGUGAUAGGUGCUGAUAACUUCUGCCAUAGGUGCAGGUACUACUACUGUAUAUGGAUUUCAGCCUAUUUUACUCGUUAAAAAAAGGGGAAUUAGAAUUAUAGAAGUGAAAUGAAAUCUAGUUAGCUAAUUCAGCACAAUUAAAAGGCACCCUUUAAUACUCUGUAGCAGCUGUCAGUAGGCUUCAUUUUACAUGUACUGGCCGUGCAGUAAUCAGGGGCAGAGCCCCUUACGGUGACUCUAUAGUGCCCAGAUCAACUCUACCAGUGGCCAGCGGUAUCCCAAAGUUGCGGAGAUGAAGGGGUUGGCGAUUGUGCCGUGUUUCUGGGUCUUCUGGAGUUUGAAUGGUCUCUUUGUGGCUUUUAACAUGACCCUCACCAAUGGUCAUGCUCCAACCUAUCUAGUGUACAUCAGUGAAACUGGAUCUUUCUUUCCGGAGUCCGUCCUGUUUACAGUGGUCUUCUCUGUUUCUUCUGUUCUUGGAGCCUGUACAGUGUACAUUAUGUACAGAUUCAUGACUCUUAGGUCUACGGACAAUCAAACACAACAGCUUCUAUGCCAGAGGAUACUGCUCGCGAUUGGAUUGACCUCGUGCUGUGGGACAGGAACAGUCGCUAUGUUUCAGGUAAUAACCCAUCCGUAUAUCCACGGGGCUGGGGCAGCGGUGGCCUUCGGAUUUGGUGCCAUAUAUAACAUCGUCCAGUCUAUAAAGUUAUACCAAACAUCAUUCAGCAGCCGCCGCGUGUGCCACGUGAGAAUGGCGUUAUCUGUGCUGAUGGUGAUCGCUCUUAUCAUCUUUGUCGCGUGUAAGAUCCCACUGUUAAUGGGUUGGUGUGGCGGAGACCAGUGUAUUAAGAUCUGUGAUGUGUCUGCAAUAAUUACAGAAUGGCUGGCAGUGGUCGCAUUCAUGGUUCAUUACCUCACUUAUUAUACCGAUUUUCAGCAUCUAUGCACACAACACUCCUCUCAAUAUGAAGAAAGAAAAAAGAAGGUUACUUUUAUGGAGUGCACUGAAACUUAAUAUAUAUCUCCAUUAGACUGCUACACAAGCACGUUUGGAUCUAUUUGUGAAUUCCAUUGUGGAGGUUUCUAUUGUCAACAUAUUUAAAAAAAACAAACGUCUGUUGUACUAUUAUGCUGUAUGACCAUUGGUGUAUACUAACUGUAAUUCCAUCGUUUGGUCUCGAUAUUUGUGGAGAACUGCCCCUGAUGAAGUCAUAAUGACGAAACGAGUAGGGUUUGUCAGCUAUGAGAUAGUAAUCCAAAUCGUGAAGAUUUUCCCUUUAUGAGCUCACACCUUGUUAAGGUGAGGGAGGAUCUAAUUUGCCAUCAACACGUUCUGGAUACCUCUCACUGAUAUAUAGCAAUUUUAUUUCUGUACAACAUUUUUUAAUGUGUAUGUUACAAACUGUGUCAAUAAACAAAUAAUUGGUACUAA